AUGGCACCUUUCCUCGUCAUCGUUCUGGCCUUUGUGGUUGCAGUAAAUGCCGCAGCGCUUGCUGCUAAUUAUCCCAUUAAUUCACAGCUGCCUCCGGUCGCGCGAGUUUCACAGCCAUUUCGAUGGGUGUUCGCGGCCAGCACUUUCGCCAACUCAGAUUCAGACACCAAAUACUCGCUCUCGGAUGCGCCAUCAUGGUUAUCGGUAGAAGAUGGGAGUCGUGUACUAUCUGGAACACCAGGAUCAGACGAUGCGGGCUCUAAGAACUUCAAGCUCGUUGCCUCAAAUGGCGCAGAGUCCGACAGCAUGGACGUUACUUUUAUUGUAACUGCAGAUCAAGGACCAACCAAAGGCACGCCUCUUCUUCAGCAACUGGAGACUGUCGGUCCUGUUUCAUACCCAUCGACACUUUUCAUCCACCCUGGUCGCCCAUUCGCAAUCGAGUUUGAUCCGUCCACCUUUCAAAAUACUCACCCUUCCACGAUAUACUAUGGAACAUCGCCUAACAACGCUCCGCUACCAUCAUGGAUUAGCUUUGAUGCUUCGACCCUCAAAUUUGUCGGUAACACUCCGGCUUUUCCAGGAGCUGAGCCAGAAACCUUCACUUUCCAGCUUAUUGCCUCCGACGUGGCUGGCUUCAGCGCUGCGAACAUGACCUUCCAGCUCGCCAUCGGUCCCCACAUACUCGCUUUCAACGAAACUGCACAGACAUUCAACCUCACUAGAGGCGAUAAAUUCACCACGCCCGAUUUCCAAGAUCUUCUUACUGUGGAUGGCUCGCCAAUCUCUAGCAAGGACCUGACAAAUGUCGACGCAGAACUUCCAGAGUGGUUGUCAAUGGACAACAAUUCGAUUUCUCUGAGCGGCACACCUCCAAAGGAUGCUGUCAAUCAAAACAUCACAAUUACGGUUACGGAUACAUACUCAGACCAGGCGUCGCUCAUGGUGCGUUUAGACUUCUUGAAGCUUUUCUUAGAGACUAUCGAAGGCUGUGAAGCGACCAUUGGCGAGGACUUCACGUUUGUGUUCAACCAGUCUACCGUCACCGACGAUUCUGUUCAACUAAAUGUUGACCUCCCCGAAGAAUUAUCAUCAUGGCUUACUUAUUUUCCUGAUAACAAAACGCUCUAUGGCCAUGUCCCAUCAGAUGCCAAGCCGGAGAAGUUCACCAUGGCUUUAACGGCCCAUCAAGGAGAUACCGAAGACGCCCAAGACUUUGAACUUUAUGUCCUUGAGCCAUCAGAUACUCAUUCAAGCUCCGGGGAUCCAUUUUCAGACCAGGCCACCCCUUCUCACAAGAAGGCCGGAGUAAUUGCCAUCUCGGUUGUGAUUCCUGUUGUGGUGAUCAUGAGCCUAAUUAUACUCUUCUGCUGUUGGCGUCGCCGAAGCAAAAAACCCAAGGUGGUGGAGGAAGAAGAUCAAUUUACAACCAAGUCACCUCCACCACGACCUGUCAGACCUGAUAUGCCGAACUGCCAGCCUGGGCCCGAAAGGGCUUCUCAAGACUCAGAUGGUUGGAUGAGUCCGAUCACUCCCUCUGAUCUUCCCAAGCUAGAGCUUGGCCCCGCGUGGAACGUCACAUCCUUUGAAAAACCAGAAGACUCUAUGGGUCCCAUUCCUACCCCUAAUCCGCCACCGCGCUCGCCUAAGCGAAGUGCUUUUGUCCCUUUACGAGAUUCGAUCAUCGAAGAAGACAAGCCAUUUUCUCAGUCUCCCACUAGAAAACAAAACCAACGCCUCUCAUUCACGAGCAGCCCCCCUGUGCGUCGUCGCCGAUCUACAAAUCGCUCGCGACGUGAGCCCCUAAAGUCAAUUCAGCCCCGCGCCAUGAAACGCGAGUCUAUGCAGUCAUCUCGCUCCAAGCGAUACUCCAAAAGAUCAAGUGGAAUUUCCUCUGUUGCCUCCGGAUUGCCAGUGCGGUUUAGCGGCGCUGGCCAUGGUGCCGGAGGAUUCGGCCCUCCUGGGCACGGGCUUGUGCAUAUGUCAUGGCAGAGUACCAAAGCCUCUCUGAUGAGCGACGAGAGCAGCAUGAUGAACAUGGCACCCCUAUUCCCCCGACCUCCUGCGGCCGCUCGAAUGAGACACAGCAUGGCAUCAAGUAUUCCCGAAAACUAUAAACGGUUUACUCUGCGCGCUGUGGAGCCUGAUGAGUCCACUAUCUCGGAAGCGGAUUCUUUAGAAGCAUUCGUCCACAGCCGAGCAAAGCACCGUAACUCCACCAACCCACUCUUCUCUGCCCAGAUCAGCCACCGUACAUCAUCCGGUCUGCGCGCCCUAGAGCGAGCUCGAAGCAUUCGCAGUCGUGCAGACACAGUGUCUGUAUCAACCUUUACCGAUGAGUUCCGAAAAUCGAUCCAAGAACGCCCACACUCGACCGCAUUAUCGGUCUCCGAAUAUGGUGAUGAGAACCGCAUGUCGCAGUACCACACUCUCCAGCCUCCACAAACUUUGUUCCCGUUGGCUGAAGGAGGUGGCAAGAGUCAAAGCCAGUUGAGUUUGGCGCAGGACUAUCGGGGUGUUAUCUCACCGCUCCCUCGAUUCUGGAGUGAGACUAGUUUGAGCAGCAAUCGCCGUCGAGAAUCUGGCAAUCACUCCAAGGCUAUGGCUCAUGCGGAGGGACAGUUGGUUAUGCCACCCAGUUCAUCUAUAGCAUCCGAUCUUGAUGAGCACUUGUCUCGGAAGGCAAGCCCACAAAAGACCUCCAACAACCCUUUCUUAAACACACACUUGGACCCACCGCCACCGAUUCGCGACCUCAGCAGUCGGGGGCUUCCUGUUGCCAGCAGUGGUGAACUAGCAUUUGUUUAA